UUGUAAGUCACGUGACCAGCGUUUACGAAUAUGGCGGCUUACGAAAAUUUUCAACAUGGGUUCCAAACACUUCUUAUUCCCCCAUUAUGAUGGUGUAGCUACUUUUAAACACGUUUGUAGGGUGUAUUUUAUGGUGUCAUAACUUCUAAAUUGGUGGAAAAUGUCGACAAGGGGCAGGCGAGCAAGAGGCCGACCUCCAAAAACCCCUUUGUCGUCGAAUAGACCAAGAACGAGCAUAAAUUUCUUAAGAAAACCGAAGGCCCUUCAAAACAAAGAUGAAUCUAAUAACAGUUCAAGAUGUAGUACGCCAAUCAGCAUUCCAGGGACUCCAACGAGAAAAAAUAACAGAUUUGGUACUAGAGAAUCGAGUGGUAGGGGUAGGACCUUUAUUUCACGUGUUACUUAUGAUGAUGAAGUGGACGAGGCAUCUAGAUCAAGUAUGGUUUCUGAGGAUGGUGUUAUUGAUGACUUUGAAACAAAAUCUGAUCUUUCAGAAGAUUCUUAUGAAGAAUCUGAUUCAGACUUUAGUGAUGAUAGCCUCAGUACAGUUGCAAGCUCUGUUGGGAGGAGGCAUUUUCUUAUUCGCCGUCCAGUAUCCCCAGAUAUUGAUGAUGAGUCUGAAAUUCCAUCCCUCGUCCUACCAUCAACUUCAAAUGAUUUAACAAUUCCUAAUGAUUAUUUGAUGCAAUGUCUUAGCAUAUAUGAAGUUUUACGACAUUAUAGAACUAUUUUAAGGUUAUCACCAUUUUCAUUUGAAGAUUUCUGUGCUGCUUUACUUAGUGAAGAACUAUGUAUUCUUCUUACAGAAAUUCACAUAACCUUGUUGAGAUCUUUGAUUAGAGAAGAAGAUGGCAAUAACACAACAUUUGGUCCCCAAGAUACUAAAGACAGUGUUAAUAUUGCACUAUUUCAUAUUGACUCAUUUACAUGGUCUGAACUUGUACGUUCUUAUCUUGAUAGUGACAGACAUUCUGAUACAGAUUCAGAUUAUGAAGAAGCAAUUAAAUCGUUAGAAAUUCCAGAUUAUCCAUUUGUUCAGCUACCAGAGCGUAUGAAAGUGCUAAAAAUUUUAACAGACUUGUUUCUGGGUUCUAAUAGUGUGCGUGAAGAAAUCCUGAAUGAGGGCAAUAUACAGUAUGAUGACCAUUGUAGAGCAUGUCAUAAAUUAGGAGAUUUAUUGUGCUGUGAAACCUGUUCUGCUGUAUACCAUUUGACGUGUGUUGAGCCUGCCCUAGAGGAGGUUCCUGAUGAAGAUUGGGUGUGUUCUAUUUGUAAGGCUCAUAAGAUAAAAGGAGUAACAGAUUGUAUCUCUGAAGCAGAAAAGAGUGGGUUGCUCUGUCGACAAGAACCCAUCGGCUAUGAUCGUCAUCGUAGAAAAUACUGGUUUUUAAUAAGAAGAAUUAUUGUUGAAGGUGAAAAUGAUGUUUGGUACUAUAGUACAAAAUACCAGAUAGAUGAAUUGUUAGAGGUUUUAGACAAAAAUAAGUAUGAGAGAGACCUUGUCAUGUUUAUUAAUGAAAUGAGGGAGGAAAUAGUCAGACAGAUGAUGAUUACAGAAGAGUUGACAAAUGCCAGUAAAGGAACGAGGAAGUCUGCUAUUGAUAUGGAAAUAGCUAAUUUAACAAAAGUGCAAUCAGAAAGAGUUAUACAAAAAGAACAAGAGGAAAAGGACAGAAAGGCUAAAGAAGAAGAAGAUAAAAAGAAAGCUGAAGAAGAUAAGAAGAAAGCUGAGGAGGAUGAAAAGCGAAUGGAAUUAGAAAAGCAAAAUCAGGAGGAAAAAGUGGAAAGUAUGGAAGUUGCAGAGGAAGUUUCUGUCACUACCACAACCACUUCAUCAUCUAAUUCUUUUACAUCUGAAGCAGAGAUAGAUGACCAGACUAAACUGUCAAUAGAAAAAACAGAAGUGUCACAAACUACUACAACAACCAGUGUCAAAACAGUAACUUCAUCUACCACAGUAAUAUCCACAAGUUCCAGUGGCACAUGUGACAGUAAAUCAGAGUCAGCAACAACAUCUAAUGGUGCAAAAAUUAUAAAAAUUACACCUGAAAUGUCUGUGGAAAUCUUCAAAAAUGCUAAUGCUAAUUCAUCAGGGAAAGGAAGUGAUUCCACAGACAAAUCUGAACCUACAGGGGAUAAAAAAGAAGAUAAUAAAACAAUAAUGAAUGUACAGUCUCUUAUACCUAAUGUAAAAUCUACGAUUCUGAAAGUUCAGGAUGAUUCUAGCACUCCACAGAAACAGACUGUAAAACCAACAAUAUUCAAAGUUCAAGACGAUUCUGGGACUCCUCAGAAACAGACAAGGACAGUAUUGAUUGUGAAUAGAGAGGGUAACAAAGUGACGUUAGCCGUCAGUAAACAGUCAAUCACUGCAGCAGAUCAGAAUACUCCUACUACAGCCAUGUCUCUAUCUCAGUCUAUAAACAAUGCUCUCACAUCUGUUACAUCAUCAGAAAGUAGAAAAAUAAUCACCAGAUCAAAGACUGGAUCAUUAACACCUAAAACAUUUACAGAUUCAGUUACAUCAACAACUACAUCUAAAUCUAUCAGUAAAUCAGGCUCUGAUGAUCUGUUGGUUAUCAAUAAAGAAGGGGACAUAACCAGGAUUACACGUAGUAAAAGUUCAGUAUGGUCGUUACAAUCUCAUCAAUACUUCAAAUUAGGCAUGGAAUGUAGUUUCAAGAACUAUUCAAACCAAUAUUCAACCAAUACCCUUGCACUGAACAAACAUCAACAUAAUGAAGAAAGAGACAAAAAACGAUUUCUUUCUCACAAGUUUAGUUUAACACCUAUAAGUGAAUUCAAAUGGGGUGGAUCAUGCAAUGGUAGAAAAACUGUGGUACUACAAACAUUGGUCACGACAAUAACAAACUUAGAAUCCAAUCUUCCAUCUGCGUUGUUGCAUCCUAACUGGCCACUUCAUCGGCAGAGUUGGGCUAAUGCUGUGCAAUUAUGUCGAACUCCUAGUGAUUUUGGACUUGCACUUUCCAUAUUGGAAAGUUGUAUGAAGCCAGUUAUUUUUAAUCCAGUAUGGACAGAAGCCUUAGGACAUUCAAAAUUGCUGAAAAUUACUGCUACUGAUAGGGAAGAGCUGAAGAAAAAAGAAAAGGAAAUAAGGAAAAGAAAAGAAGAAGAGGAAGAUGCUAGACCCUUAGUUUGGAUCAAAUAUACUUUAGGUUUAAAGCAUCAGGUUUGGAAACAAAAAGGUGAAGAAUAUCGAGUAACAGGGGGACAGGGAUGGUGUUGGAGAAGUAAAACUCGCUCUAACAAGCGUGUACCACAGGAUACUGUUGGACUUAGAUCUGUGGCAAGGAAACUGCAGGCCAGAAAGCGCAAGAGUGAAAAAGAUGGAAUAAGCGUUUCUAACACUGAUGAUGGAAUAAGCGUUUCUAACACUGAUGAUCGAAUAAGCGUUUCUAACACUGAUGAUCGAAUAAGCGUUUCUAACACUGAUGAUCGAAUAAGCGUUUCUAACACUGAUGAUCGAAUAAGCGUUUCUAACACUGAUGAUCAAUCAGUGUCAAUAAAAACUGAAGUUAAAGAGGAAGUUGAGGUUAAAACUGAAGUUAAGGAAGAAAACAUGGAAGUUGAUAAGGAGAAGACAGAGAUUGUGGUGAAAAGUGAAACUCCUAGUGUAGAUAGUCCUGAUAGUAAGGAAAUUAAAACAGAAAUAAAAACAGAGCCACCCUCUGUUGUGGAAUCACAAAAUGAUGAAACAUCUUGUGUCGAAAACUCAGGGAAUGAAAGUAGUGAAAUGUGCAAUACUGAUGAACAAAAAGUAGAAACAAUGGAAUGUGACACGGGUGAAGGUAGUGAAGUGAAAGAAGAAAGAGACAUAGACAUAGACAUAAAAAGUAGUCCAAUAAAAAAUGAAAAAGAUAUUGACAUAGAAAGCAAUAGUCCAGUUAAGAAACUAGAUAUUGAAAAUGGCAGCCCAGUUAAAAAAUCUGAACUGGAUGUCAUACUAGUAGCUCCAAAAAAGCAUAGAAGUGAGUCUGCCUUUGUUAAAAAAUUAGAGGUCGAGACCGUGGAGGAGAAUGACGAGAAAAAAGUUAUCAGUGUUGGAAAUAAAAAUCAUACCGUAACAAUCAAUAUGGCAGCAAGUAAAUUACGACCACCUAUUUUACACAUAGACACUCUUGAUGUUAGCAAAGCUCUAAAUGAAAGAUCUUUUUACGACAAAAUUACAAAACCUUAUGCAAAACUUGACAUGCUGCUUGCUAAGAGAAUCAAACAGGAUGAAAUUGAAACCAAACAAAGGCAAGCAUUACAGCAACAGAUUAACUGGAAAUUGAAAGUCCAGUUAAGUCCGGGUUCAAAGGAAGAUGAAAAUGAGACCGGAAACAAGGAGAAAACUGAUACUGGUGAGUCUGACCAUGACAUAUCAUUACAUCAUGAUGAAACUUCUCCAUACACAUGUUAUUCCUAUUUGUGUAGAGGACAGGGGAAAAGUAUGUGUUACUCUCCCCUCUGUAUUCAUAAUAGGUCUCUGGAGGAGGAGUUAACAACAGGUUUGGAAGACAGUACCCACAAAAUGGAAGAAGAUGAAGAUGUAGAUGUUGAGGGAGAUAAAGAUGAGAAAAAGGAGGAAGAAGGUGGAAAGGAUGGAGAAAAAAAUGAGGACAAAAUGGAUGUAGAUGUCAUAUCUACAGAGGAUGGUAAAUCAGAGGUUAAAAUGGAAGUUGAAGUUGGAGAAGAAAAGACCAAUUUGAAUAGUUCAAAUGAAGAAAAAAAGGAUGUUUCAUCAGUGUCUAAAACUUCAAAGCCAAACAGUGAUUCAAAAAAUGGAGAUGUGAAACAAAAAUCUGCUGUGAACAGUACUAUUCCACCACUCUUGCAGAAUAAAAAGAACCCAUUCUUUACAACUGCACAACUAGCACUUAAACAAGCAAUAGAAAAAAUGAGUAUUGAUGAACUCAGAACUAAGAUGCCUCCAGUGCGGAGCACAAAGCAUGAAAUAAAGUUGAUAAAAUAUUCUAGGUUUGGACAGAAGGUGAAUAAAAAGAAAGCCAAUUUACCUCAGUGUCAUAAAUUUUUAACUCCAAGUGGUAAAAGGACUAUGUUUGCUUUAGAGAAGCAUGAUCUCAGAAAAUUAGCCAGGAAAGCUGGCAAAACAGAGACAAAAGCAUUCAACUACAAUUGCAAAAUGAACAAUGUGAACUGGAUUUAUCCAUGUCCUCGACCUGUUUUUAAAACUGCUUGGAAAUACAGAACACAAACGGUAAAAACCUUUGGUUCUGUUGCAUUGCAGUUACGUAUAAUGUAUGUGUGUCUGCGAUGGGAUGAUAUCUCGAUAAAACCGCCGGUUGGAGGUACAAACACUGUGUCAACUGAGAGCGAAAUUACGACUACUGAACUUUUAAAGCGUAGAGAUGUAGGGCCUCAUAUGCUCAGAUCGGAGUUUCUAGUCAGGAAAAUAGUAGUGCCUUUAGGAAUAACUUCUCAACCAAAAGAGAAAUACACACCUCAGAGAAGUGGCUUGAGAGAAAGAAAGAGGGCAGAAUCUCCAAAACAAACUGAACCUAGCGUUACAGAAGUCUGGACACCAGAAGAGGAACUUGAAAUCUGGGAAAUCAAACAGUUUGGUGAAAAACUUGCCAAACAAAGAGCUGCACUUACAGAGAAAGUAACCAUUGAACAAGCAAACCAAACAGCAGUCAAUGCAGCACAACUCAAAGCAACAUUAGAAGUUCAACUCAAACAGCAGCGACUAGCAUUACAACAGAAACGACUGUUAGAAGCUCAGGGUAAAACAGCUGACUCUGUUUCCACUACUCAAUCCAUCAUUACAGCUACAUUGUCCAGUUCAGGUGGAGGUACCAUCAUCAAAACCAUAAGUACAACAACAGGAUCUCUCAUUGGUACUGGUCCAACUAGUAUUCUGAAAAAUGUUCAGGUCCAGCCAAAGUCACUCCUGUCACCAUCAGUGACGUCUGCAAUAUCCUCAACCACUCCUAACCAGCUGGUUAAGGUCCAGUUACCAAAAACAACCAUACAGAUACAACCAACUGCUCGGCUAACAUUAGCUCCUAAACCAGGGUUAGUGGCAACCACAAACACAACCAGUACCAUGCCCACUAGGAUAGUUAUACCAGGAAGUACAGCAACAGCUGCUACGUCUGCUCCAAAGUUAGCUGUCAAUGCAGUCAGACCAGCUAAUGCAAACCCGAGCAACCCUGGAGGCCAGGUCCAAAAUCUCCAAAUAAUACAAGGGCCAUCUGGACAAUUACAAGUCAGAGGUCUAUUACCAGGGCAGCAAAUCAUCAGGUUACCAGAUGGAAGAUUGCAAUUACUCACAAUGCCACAGAACCAGCAAACCACACAGGCAACCACUCAAGUAUCAUCCACUCCACAGAUAGCUGUGCAGAAACCAACUUCUAUACUAGUCAAUUCUCAAUCAUCAGCACUACCUACAGCAGGAUCAACUCCACAACUUGUCAUCACAUCAAACCAAGCAACCCUCACAUCACCGUCUAGAGUCCUUAUACCCUCUAGCCAACUACAGUCUAAUGUCUCAGGAUCAGCUGGUGUGGUUCUAGCUAAACCCAUGACAGUAGCUACAGCUGCAACUCAGAUCAGACAACCUGGCCAAAUAACAGUGGUAUCUCAGGCAGCAGCACCCGGUCAGAUUGGCCUGACUGGUUCUCCAAUGAAGACUAUAACUGUAGCUAGGCCUGCCACAGCUUCAGCUAGCAUAGCAAAGAUAGGUGGUACUCCAGUAAUCAUUUCUCAGUCUGGUGGAAGUACUGCUCUUUCUGUAGCUAGUGCUACAUCUUUGACAAAUGCAGCCUCAUCAGCCAUCAGACAAGUGAUCAUGACAACACCACAAAGCACACCUGUAAAAGUAUCUCCAGCACCAGGAACUGUUAUAAAUGCCAACACAGCAGCAGCAUUACUUCAGGCUAGACAGCUCCAGAUUAGGCAGCAACAAGUCCUACAGCAAGUUCAACCACAACAGGUAGUACAGACCGCCCAACAAAAUGUGACAUCACUGUUGACACAACAACCUAGACCAGCAUUACCCGUGUCAGCUGCUGGUAAUACUAAAUAUGCUGUUACUCCACAAGUUGUUCAACAAGUUGUGAGACAAGCUCUUAUGCAGAACCAGACUCCUGAAAUUCAAGCUAAACUACUUGCUAUGCAACGUUCAAUGGUAACCAAGCCACCCACCCCAACAAUUACAACUAUUUCUCAACCAAUGGAUGAUGAUAUGGACGAGGAUUCAAUGUCUUCAUUUGAUAGUUCUGUGGAAGAAUACAAACCUAAGUUUGGGAAAACAGCAGAAGUUUCUAAAGAAUCUAGAGAAGAUCAAAUGAGAAAGAUGGUGUGUAAUCAAGUAAUAAGAUCCAUUGUUGAUAAGAUUGAAAGAAAGGAAAAGGAAGCCAUGCGUAAGGUGAAGAAACAAGAAUUAGAGGACGAAAAACAUAAAAAGUUGUUAGCAGCUAAAUUACAGCAAGCAUUGUUUAAACAUAAAGAAAUUGUGAAGAAGGACAUCCUUAAAAAGAGAGCUUUGAUGGAGAAAAAUCUACAACAAGAUAUCCAGCUUGAAGUUGCUGCAGAAUUGAAGAAGAGGCCAGUUCAACAGCAGAUUCCAACUAAGCAGCUGAAAGUAUCCCAUGGUAUACCUCAGCAGACAAUCCAGACUCCUAUCCAAGAUGUACCCCCAUUACAGCCUCCUCCCUCUAAACGUAAGAAACAGAAGGUGAUAUCUACUGGAGGAGGUAGAGCAUUAAAUCCCAAAGAGAAGUUAUACUGUGUGUGUAGAACACCCUAUGAUGACACCAAGUUUUAUAUUGGAUGUGACCUGUGUUCAAACUGGUUCCAUGGUGGUUGUGUAGGUAUAUCUGAAGGAAAGGCCAAGACCGUUGACUCGUAUACCUGUCCUGAUUGUAAACGUCAACAAGAGAAUACGACAGAAGAACUGUAUUGUUUAUGUAAAACACCAUAUGACGAAUCACAGUUCUACAUUGGAUGUGAUAGAUGUCAAGACUGGUUCCAUGGUAAAUGUGUUGGGAUAUCUGAGAAAGAAGCCAGCAGUUUGGAUGUUUAUCUAUGUCCUAAGUGUAAACAGCAAGACAAAGAAGAUCCUUUAUCCAGUAAAAUACUCACAGAUAGUGAUUAUGAGCAGCUCAAGAGAUUAGUCAAAAGUUUACAGUCACACAAGAUGGCAUGGCCUUUCCUGGAACCUGUUGAUCCCAAUGAAGUACCUGAUUACUAUACAGUGAUAAAAGAUCCUAUGGAUUUAACAACAGUUGAAAGGAGAAUACAGAACCGGCAUUAUGUGAAAUUGAUAGAAUUCAUUAAGGAUAUUACAAAGAUAUUUGACAAUUGUCGAUUAUACAAUACACCUGAUACACCAUUUUAUCAAUGUGCUGAAGUCUUAGAUACUUUCUUUGGACAAAGAAUUAAAGCCUUAAAGGGUCGAUUGGGUAGUAAAUAGUAUAUUUUCUUCAUUAAUGUUCAUAGGCUGUACAAAGAAAUCAAGCGCUGUCAUAUUGAGAUUCUGCGGUAGUUAUUAUUAGAAUCGGUACUCUGUAAUACAUAUCAGUUGAAAUACCGUGAAUGGUAUUUACUUCCGGUCAGUAAAUUGUCAGGUGAUUUUUGUCUUCUUUUUUGUUUGUUAUUUGCUGCUUUUUUUCAACAAAAACCUCCGAUUAGAAUAACCAAUGAGAUACAUGACCUUUGAUUGAUUUGUUCUGUGUCACAUUUAAACCACAAAAUUAAGAAACAUAUAAGUAUUUUAAACAGAAAAGUACAAAUAUAUUUGUAAAACCCUGAGUUGAAGUAUUUUCACUGUAAAUGGUUGCUUUUAUAAUUAUUCAAACUGAGAAGUCAACUGAAUGUAGUAUGGUGGUAUAAGCAAAAAAAAACAGAAUUAUUUCAUGAAAAAUCUUGACAAAAGUAAGACUAAAAGUAAAAGUAGAAGAAACGUUCUGAGAUUUUCUUUCAAAGGUGGGGACUUUUAAAAGUAUUAUGCUGAAAGUUUUAAUAGAACAAAAAUGGAGAUUCCUUUAUAAUGAGAAUGGGUUGAGAUGGAUGAUACAUGUAUACCUAGAGACAAACAACAUAUCUGUAGAACAGAUGUUGUUUGAUAAUUCUGUAAAAAUGCCAAGAGUGGAAUUAUGUAGUCUAAUUGAAGAGUUAGCAAGUAUCAUUAUCUUGCUUACUACACAUUCAGUUUACAUGCAGAUAGGUGUUGGUGUCAUCUGCAUUCUUGGAUGUUCUGUUUUCCAUGUAUGUAUUGGAUCUAUUCCUUAAAAGACAUUUUUCACUGGGAACUUAAGCAGCAGAUUUUUGGAGUUAAAAACAGUUACCGGUAUAUUUAAGUAAAAUUUAUUUAUGAGCAAAAUGGAGAAAAGUCUCGCAGUAAUGAAGGGAAAUUGAAUAAUGUGUAAUUAAAAAGGUCAAAGAAAGCAGCAGGGUUAAAGGGCAGCUAUAGUAGAGAACUAUCAUGCAUUGUAUUAGCUUGUGUAGUUGAGGUUUCUCUGACGUCUGACAGCCUAUUUUUUUUUUAUUGCUGUGAUAGAAGGAUGUCAGCUCAUUCCAUAUAGAAAACAUGGAAAUCACUGGCUGAGAUUUAGGCUGGCAAAUUUCUGAUUCAAAAUUGUGAAAUAUCCAUGCCAUUCAGGCUUUGUUAAGCAGAUAAACCAUAAAUGACUUUCCUUAUUCCUUUUUCUCUAUGAAUAUUUACCUUUUAUUCACAGAAUAUCCCCUUGAAGCCCAAACAAAAAUCUUUAUUCCCCUCAACCCUUUGUUUUUGGCUACAUGAUUUAACUUUGAAAAGGUUGUUACA